CCCGGUGAGGCAGCGCCAUAGUCAGCGUAGUCCUGGCGACUAUAACCCACCAACAGCAACCUCUCGCUCCAUCAUUACCACAUCCUCCACCAUCCUCAUCCUCAUCCAGCAGUCCUCAGCCCAGGCGCCAUGCAGACCCCUGAGGCAGGCGCUGAGUCCACCUCCACUGUCCCCCUCCAGACCACCGUGCCUGUCCAGCCUACUGGCCCCACCCAGGUGCCUGUCCAGCAGCAGGUCCAGACUGUUCAACAGGUUCAGCAUGUUUACACAGCCCAGGUCCAGUAUGUGGGAGAAAACAGUGUCGUAGACACCAGUCGAAACAUAACAACCUACCCAUACUCAGAGCCUCAACUGUACAGCCAGAAUAGUGGCGGGAGCUACUUUGACACGCAGGGCAGCUCAUCACAAGUGUCCACUGUGGUGACAUCACAUGGCAUGACCAACAAUGGAGGCGGGGGUGAUGGAGGAAUGAGCAUGGUCCUGGCUGGGGGACAGGUAAUCAGCAGCAACUCUGGUGCCUACCUCAUGGACAACACCGGCCCCCAUCCUGCUACCCAGCCUGCACGAGCUUCCCCAGCCACUAUUGAAAUGGCGAUUGAGACACUCCAAAAAUCUGAGGGUUUAUCCAGUCAGAGAAGCUCACUGCUCAACAGCCAUCUGCAGUGGCUGCUGGACAACUAUGAGACAGCAGAGGGCGUAAGUCUACCACGAUCCACACUUUACAAUCACUAUCUGCGCCACUGCCAGGAGCAGAAACUGGACCCAGUGAAUGCAGCCUCCUUUGGUAAACUCAUUCGCUCCAUUUUCAUGGGACUUCGUACAAGGCGCCUUGGCACAAGAGGGAACUCCAAAUACCAUUACUAUGGUAUCCGAGUGAAACCAGAUUCCCCCCUCAACAGACUACAGGAGGACAUGCAGUACAUGGCCCUAAGACAGCAACCUAUUCAGCAGAAACAGAGGUUCAAGCCACUGCAAAAGGUUGAUGGUGGCUCCGGAGAGAACUUCUCAGGUGGAGGGCAGCAGCAUUCCAGUGCAGCAGAGCAGACAGUCAUCGCACAAAGCCAGCACCACCAGCAGUUUCUGGAUGCAUCACGAGCGCUGCCUGACUUUGUGGAGCUGGAUCUGGGAGAGAGCAAUGCAGACAACAUCAGCCAGGAGGAUGUAAAAGCUCUCCAGACCCUUUACAGAGAGCACUGUGAGGCCAUCUUGGAUGUAGUUGUCAACCUCCAGUUCAGUCUAGUUGAGAAGCUGUGGCAGACAUUCUGGCGUUAUUCUCCCUCUGAUUCUGUAGAGGGUGCCACCAUAACAGAAAACAGCAGUGUAAGUGAGAUUGAAGCACGGCUGCCCCGUUCCCAGCUACUGGUGCUGUGCAGAAACGAGGCUGUGCUCAAAUGGAUGAGGACAUGUGACCAUCUGAUGUACCAGGCCCUUGUGGAGAUCCUCAUCCCUGAUGUCCUGAGACCCAUUCCCAGUGCCUUGACUCAAGCCAUCCGUAACUUUGCCAAAAGCCUGGAAGGUUGGCUAACUAAUGCCAUGAAUGUCAUUCCACUGAGAAUGAUCCAGAUGAAGGUUGCUGCUGUUAGUGCCUUUGCGCAGAUGCUGCGCAGAUACACAUCUCUGAACCACCUCGCUCAGGCAGCACGCGCCGUGUUGCAGAACAGCUCGCAGAUCAGCCAGAUGCUGAGUGAUCUCAACCGUGUUGACUUUGCUAAUGUACAGGAGCAGGCAUCAUGGGUGUGCCAGUGUGAGGAGAGCAUGAUUCAACACUUGGAGCAGGACUUCAAGGCCACGCUGCAGCAGCAAAGUUGUCUGGAGCAGUGGGCUGCCUGGCUGGACAAUGUGGUUACUCAGGUGCUCAAGCCCUACGAGCACCAGCCAAGCUUCCCCAGAGCCGCCCGACAGUUUCUGCUCAAGUGGUCAUUCUAUAGCUCCAUGGUAAUCAGAGACCUGACCCUGCGCAGUGCUGCCAGCUUUGGCUCCUUUCACCUGAUCCGCUUGCUGUAUGAUGAGUACAUGUUCUACCUAGUGGAGCACCGUGUGGCCCAGGCUACUGGAGAGACGCCCAUUGGAGUCAUGGCAGAGUUCGACAGCCUCAACAUCCUGUCUCUCAAUAGUGUUGACAAAGAUGAAACAAGUGAGAUGGACAGUGACUUAGAGGAGGACACAGAGGAGUCUGGAGAGCCUCUUGCCAAGCGAGAGAAGUCGGAGCACGAGGUGAUCCAGGUGAUCCAGGUCGGGGCUCUGGAGGAUGGAUCCCACCCUGUGGUGGGGGUGGUCCAGCCAGGUGUCCUCCACUCACUGCCGCAGACCCCACAGGACCACUCUGAGCACAUCCUAACCCCCUCCGCCAACACUCCCACCAUCCGCCACUGCAGCGCCACAGGCAACACCUACGCCUCGGUCUGAGGGUCUAAGGCCACAGCUGACCUCGGCUGGCCUGUUUUUGCUCUCUCACUUUCCACAUAUCUUUUCUCUUAUGUCUAGAUGUUUCCCUCUUUCUCAUAUACUGUGUGUCUCUGCACUUGUGUGGACGCGUUCUCCUCUCUCUCUCUGUCUAGCCUGGUCAGUGGAAGAGUGAUGACAUAAGGGCACUUUGGGCAAGAUGUGCAGUCAGAAUCUGAGUGCUUACAUUGUAGAUGUGCUGUCAUUCCAUAAGUCUGUGCUCGGUGAGAAUGUGGCAGCUAGAAGAGGGGACCUGGGGGAAAAGGUUUAAUCUGACCCAUUAGAGAUUGCCUAAGACAUAAGUUACUGUCUUUGUCUACACAGACCAGUUGGUUCUAAAGGGAAAUUAAAGUUAUUCAAGCUACUGAUGUCUGAAAGCUCAAAUCCAUGUCACCUAGUCCCAGUGGAGCAAAGUCAUUGAUUGACUCAAGACCUAAGACAGUAGUCUUGCCUAGUGUACAUAGUUUUGCAGUAGGUUCAGUUCAUAUUAUCCAAAACUCAUGGUGCUAUCGUCUUUUUUUUUUUUUGCCUUUCCUGUCAGCCCUUACAAUUUUGGUAAGAUUUAUAUUGACAUGCAUUGCAUUUUAGUUGUUGUGAAAUUUCUGUCUAAAAAAUAUUUUGGAUAUUGUUUUGUAUCUGUAUGUAGCUAAUGAAGAAAGGGAUGAUAUUUUACAUAUGUAUGAAAUUGCAAAUAGUAUCAUGGAGCAGUUUGGUCUCUUCUGUUUGAUCACUGUACGGUAGGCUUUUACUGAUAGCUACCAAUAUGGCUUUCAGCCACACAGAGAAAGAAACCCCUAAGGGAAUAUCUGUGCUGCUACUUGUGUAUAUAGAGAUGAGGUUGAGAAGACAGGCUGUACAAAACCAUUUCCUCAGUGCUAGCUUUUCUCUGAACUCUGUGCAUAAUGGAUUGCUCUUUACACAUCUAAAGUGAAUUUAGAUGCUCUGUAGUGUGGUAAAUGUGAUGAACUGUAAUCCUAAAAGCUACUUACUGGGCAUGUUUCCCCUUUUUUUUUUUUUUUUUUUCUUUUUUUUCAUUUGUUUCUAUCUUAGUGAAAUGUCUUAGUUCAUAAAGGACCAAAAACAAACCAACAAGAGGAAGCUAAGAGAGUGAGCCAUUUUGGCCACCCACAGUUUGUUUCCUGUCCCACAGUGCCAUGUUGCCAUGUUGCAGAGCAGAAGGAAUGUCAGGGAUUUUCUGUACCUCGGCUUUAUUAUAGUGCCUUAUCCUUAAAUGCAGCUGUCCAUGUAGUCCUGACUGUGUGGUCUUGAGCCCACAGCCCCUCUGUGUUGCCCCAGCCACAGUUUUGGCUUUCUGGUGACUUGUGGCUGGAUUUGGGCUGGCUCAUCAGUGUUGAGGCCAGGGGAUGCAGGCUCAGAGACCUGCACAUUUCUCUGGAUCACUUCUACUAAGCUUCUUAGUAUCCACGGUUUUUAGCCUUGUUCCUGCUCUCUCUGUCCACUCGAGGCCUGUUCUUGCAUUGGCCUCUGUUGUUGGGUGAAGUGUGUUUGUGCACAUGGGUGCAUGGCUCUGCACUUGUGUUUUCAGGUGCCUGUGUACGAGUGUAUAUGUGUGUGCGUCUGUCCGUGUGUGAUACUUCAUGUUGGAAUACAUCCAUCAGUCACCCUACCUCAAACCAGUGGUGCCAACCCUUUGACUCGUGCAGCACAGUCACCAAACCUUAUUGCACACACCACUGUACUGCACAAAUCUCCACACCACACACCAUACAGAAUACACAUCGCUUUUCUCUCACCUCUGAUUCAGUUUCACUUUUUGGUCCACAAAUGCUUCAUUUUUUUGUUUCCUGGUUAAAGUGCAUCUUUGUAUAGUGGACCAAAAUUAGAUAUUUUCUGAUAUUCAAAGAGUGUGUGUGUGUGUGUGUGUGUGUGUGUGUGUGUGUGUGUACACUUCAUUUCCUUGUUUCUUUUCAUGUGGUUGACCUGAUUGUUUAUAUGUGAUUGUUCUUUUGGUAGCUCUGUAAUUUGUUCAUAGACUGUGAAAUGGGAAGGGUGUGGGGACUAAUUUAGGAUUUCGCUAGAGGCUAAAUCUGUACUUGUACGGGUUAGAUAGCCUUCUCCGUUGUGAGGAAUUUCAAAGAGUAAUUCUCUAAAUGUGAAAUUUAUAUAAAUGGAGAUAUUGUUUCUGGUCAUUGUUGGAGAAAAGGAUUUUUUUUUUUAAUAAAACAAAGGAAGCAAGUCAUGUAGUUUGAUUGAUGUAAGAGGGGGUUGUCAUUGUAUUUGCUGUAAUCACAGCCCUGUAAGUCCUAUUGCUAAUCAAAGAAAACUAAUAUAUUACACAGGAUGUUACGCAAAUUUCCAUUGUGAUAUCAAAACUGGUUAGAGCUUAGGUAGAAAUCUGGCUUAAAUAUAAAGGAGGGUGGGCAAGUACAAGUAUGACAUUUGAGAGUAUUGGGGUCAUUCCUAGUAGAUAUUUUGUUAAAUUCAUAUUCCAUAAACUGCAAGAAAAUGUCAUUGAACUUGUAGUAGCUGAUAGUUGAAAGCCUAAGGCUUUUUGUUUACAUCAAUCUGUGACCACAAUGAACUUACAAGAGAGAUUGCUCCCUUACUCCUGGCAUAAAACUGCCAAAUGCAAGUUUGGAGGACAAAGGGAGAGUUAAGAAAAUGUAAAUAAUAAUAAUCAGAAGAAGAUCUUUUUUGUUGUUGUACAGCCUUUCUGCCUCUUUAAGCGGACUCACAUAAAACUAUGUGCACAUGAAAAAGGGAAGAAGCCCCUUCACCCCACCCAAAUUGAGACUCUCAUAAUAGUGCAUAUCUGUUAUGAAUGAGGGUUUGCUGCAUUUCACAUACAUUUUCUUGCCAGUGACAGCUUUACCUCUCACCCACUGACUGAGUUGUUCAUUUUCAUAAUUAUUUUUAAUACAAAUCUCGCCCCCUUAGUAAACUACUGUAAUGUUAACCUGUGUUACUUUGUGCUUGAAGUGAAUAUGGCUUAUAUAAUCUUUUCUUUUCAUCUUGAUCAUGUGCAUUAGAAUCGUAAGUGUUUUUUUUGGGGGGGGGGGGGGCAUGCACACCUACUGUGUGCCACUAUCUGUUUUUGUCAACCUCAUUUUCCCCCCCAUUAUGUUCUUACUUAUGUGCCACACAGUGAUACAGCUUUGUGCAUCUUAAAGCCUGACUGGUUAACACUGGUCUGAAGCGAAUGCUGCCAACCCAAUUGUACUUUAUUCCUCAUCAUGUCUUUUCAAAUGAGAAAGAGGUCAUUUUCUAACAGCUGUUUGCAAGUGAGCCCGUUACCAACCACAAAACAUGCAUGCAUAAGCUAUUCCUUAACUUCUUUUAGGAGCAAAAGCUAAGAAAUGCCUCUCCGCCUGGAGAAUAAGGCAGCUUCACUGACCCAUAGCAGACUCCAGUGCCUUUGAUAUCACCCGGGCCAGAGCAGACAGCCUGGGUGACCUGUGGUCUCUGGUGGGCUAGAGGCUGUGCAAAGCAGACAUUUCACUGCAGAGAUGCUGCUACUGAGAACAUAACCAGGGUUGAGGGAGCAUAAAGCGGUCUCCUCACACUGGACUAUUUCAAGAUUCUCUGAUCAAUGUGACCACACACACGCUAGUUUACACCUGGAUUACUGUACCUGCACUCUGGGUUCCUGGUGGUUUGAGCAUUUUCUUGUAUAAAUACACUAUCACUUCAAUGAACAAGGAGAAUUGAGUUAAAUGCUGUUUCAAACUGGAUUUAUUUUAUCAUGAUAGUGGUUUCUUUUGUCAAAUAUUUUCUGAAUGCCGUGUUCACUUUGAGAUUUGUAUUUGGAUGUGUCAAGUGCCAUUUGACAGUCUUGUGAGUUGUGGCCAUCUGUAGCAUGCUCUAAUGCAAGCACAAGCAUUUGGCAGUGGCAUUUGGGGAAGGCUAUUAUUUGAUUGUUUGAAUUCACCCCAGACAAAAAAAAAACAUUGUGUAUAUAUCAAAAUGGAAAAAAAAUAUAUAUUUAUUUGUGUCUAAAUUAUUUGGUUUGUUCUUUUAGUGAACUACUUUUUAUCAUAUGUUGGAUAAAGUGCUUUUGUGAUUUUUUUUUUUUUUUUAAAUAAUGUAUAAUAUCUUAUAUCUAAUAUAUACACAAACACAAAAUUCAUGUGGCUUUCUUUUCAUGUGCCGUUUCAAGUUAGUCUACAGUAUCAGAUUGGCAAGAGCAAACCAAUGCGUGUAGGAUGAUUUGUAUUAUGUAUUUUACA